UAAAUAACCGGAUAAGUCCCAGCCCAUUUAUUUACAGUGGCUGUCCCACCAGCCUGCAGCAGCGCGGCUCUGCUGAGUCUCCAGGUGUGCGCUGCGGGGGAUAGCGGCGUGUGUUGUUGACGCCUCGCCACUCUCACCGGGUCUCUCAGGAGGACACACGCCCCGCUGACGAGGAGAAUUAGGUGUUACGUGCGUGGACCAGCUUUCUAAUCUCUGAUCUCUUGGAUUAUACUGAUGGACGGGACUUAACCUGCACAUGUUUCUUUUUAGCGCCAUUUUACGCACCACUUUGCGCGCUCCUGUUUGCGCCCCAAAGAUGGAUUAAUCGCCAAAUAGAUUUUUUUUUUUUUUUUGCCAUAUCCUAUUUGCACUCUUUGUGUUUCUGUGGAUUAUUACCGGAUUCAUAUGAUGCUGAAUAAUGACGAUGAGCUUUUUGUCUCUGGAGCGAGCGGGGGCGCGUUGGAUUAGGAGCCAGCAACUUCCCAAGAAGGCUCUUCUGGCAAAUCUACCUGUUUAUUCCUGGGAGGCACUUUGAGUUUUUGUUCCCCCACCACUUUAACACGCUGGGAUGGAGAAUGAUCUGAAACCUAGGCUCUGCUUUCUGAUCAAAGGACAGCGCGGAUAUGGCUUCCACCUGCAGGGAGAGACGAAAAAGAAAGGUGGACACUUCAUCCGCACAGUGGAGCCCGGCUCCCCGGCUGACUUGGCCGGACUCCGAGCUGGGGACCGACUGGUGGAGGUGAACGGGGAGAAUGUGGAGAAAGAAACUCAUCAUCAGGUGGUAAGCCGCAUCUGCGAGGUGUCCCACCGCACCCGGCUGCUGGUGGUGGACAGAGAGACGGACGACUACCUGCGCAGCCAGGACCUGGCCUGCACAGAGGACCAGGCCAUUGAAAUGGGAAACCUCUCCCCGCGCCCCUCUCCCAGCCCCACACCCUCAGCCUCGCCCAUUCCGAGGGAGAACUCCCCGCUGUGUCUCAAAUCCAACCUCAGAUACUUCUUCCAUUUUCCCGCCGCAGACCCGCCCGCUCACUUAGCCGCUCAAGACAAAGCCAAGAGGGCAUCGACGGCAUCGAGUUCAGGGACAGACACAGAGCUGCAGGUCGAGCCUUCGCCUUCGCCGACGCCGGAGCGCCUUCCUCGUCUGUGUCGCCUGGUGAAGGCAGAGAACGGCUACUGCUUCAACCUGCAGAGCGACAAGAAGAAGGGCGGCCAGUUUGUCCGAUCCGUGGACCCCGACUCGCCUGCAGAGAGAGCGGGCGUCCGACCUGGAGACAGAAUAGUGGAGGUAAACGGAGUCAACACAAAAGGCCUGAGGCACUCAGAGGUGGUGGCGCUCAUCAGAUCCAAAGGGGAUGAAGUCUCUCUUCUGGUGGUUGACCAGGAGACGGACGAACUCUUCCGCAGACUGGGAAUUACCCCGACCACCGCACACAUUAAAGAGGUCUACGUGGACGAAAGACGAGCAGAAAGCGCCCCUCCGACCCCGUCCCCCACCACCGAGCUCUCUGCGACAGACGCACCGGUCAUUAGCGUCACGCUGACGGACUCCGGCGUCACGAACAGCUCUCCGAAAUCCCGGGCCAACGGGAGCUCAGCGUCCCAGUCGUCCAGGAGUUCCACUACCCAGUCAGAGAUCAGCAGCUCAGACAUGAGCUUCCAGGUUCCCGAGGACGACGACAGGCGCAUUUCUGACCCCUUCAUGGACAGCGGCCUGCGCCUGAGUCCCACAGCAGCCGAAGCCAGGCAGAAGGUCCUCGCCACUCGCAACAAGAAGAGGGCGCCCCCUAUGGACUGGAGCAGGAAGCAGGAGCUCUUCAGCAACUUUUGAACCAAGAAGAUGCAAAGAAAGAAGAAAAAAAACGAGGCACAAGAAUGGCACAAAAAAAAUCGUAAUGGUUCUGCACUAUUUAUACUCAAAAAUAAACUUUGUCAUAUUGUAGAUGUGUGGACAGAAAGAGGGCAAAAUGUAAUAAAAGGAAGUUACUGUUUAGUGUAAGGUCGAUACGUAAUAUCAAAUAUUAUUCUCUAGGUAUCGUCUGAACAGCUAUCGCUAACGAUGAAGACAUUUCCCUGCAUGCAAUGCUUUGUACAGUGACCGUUUGACAGAGCGCUGAGACUCUGUCAUAAAAACGAGAGCCAGAUGAUAGACAUUCCUAGUUAAGGCUAAUAUGGACAGGAAACUGACUGAAACAGAAACUACAAUUCAUCAGCUAAUACCUAGAUCGGCUUUGAAGUUUCAAAACUCCAGAAAGCAUAUGUCUUGUUCAGACGCACGUCCCUUGAGACGAUGCAACAACUAUUGCAGUGCAUGAUAAUUUUCCAGGAAAAAAGGAGCAAAUCUCUGCGCCGCACGGACACCAGACAGCAGAUUUAUCUAAAAGGGAGAUCCAAAUCUGAACCACAGAUGGCUAGCCAUAGGACUGGAGCUGUAUGGAGUAGUGACCAUUAUUCAGGGUUGGCAUUUUUCUCUUUAAUGUGUCGGCUGAUUAUAUUUUGACGUCGUUGUGUGCAUCUGUUGUAAAGCUAUGUGUAAAAACAUUCAUGAUGGAAGCAGGAAGGAAGCGAUUGAAGCAUGUGGAUAGUUGAUCACUGACCUUUGAUAACUGGAGCCAAAGGCCUAAACUUUGACUGAUAUGACGCCAUGUUCAUGAAGCAGAAGCUUGUCUGAUGGAAGUUGGCUGUGGACAAAGAUGGUAGGUCUUUUUUUUAUGUCUUUUUCGUUUUUUUCUUGUCUCAGUUUCUGCCAAACCAGCUUAGAAACACCAUCACUCCUGUUUGCGUCAGUUUGAUUUCACACCUAUGUCCAUAAACUGUCAAUAUCUGUCGUUUAACGGUUGUAUUUUUGGCAGAAAAAUGUCCAACAUCCUGACCUCUGACGUCUGUUUAGCAGAAGAAGUAGAAGUUUUAUGUAAUUUGAUGUUAAUCGUUUUCAGAAUAGACGCUAUGUAACCUUAAAUGUACAUACAAAUGAUUAGUCUAGUUUAUAAAAUAAAUGAUGGCUGAUCACUUCAGUGCUCCUCUUAUAUAUCAAUGGAUAUUUAAUGGGAAUACUGUUAAAAUA